AUAAUUAUAACAGAGACGGACGAGGAGAUAGUGAAAGCAGAGCACCUGAUAGUCGAGAAUAUUCACAAAGUGUUGCCUAAAAGUCACGUAAUAUUCGUGAGUCAACUGCCGAGAGGCGGUUCCACAGACUUGAGGGCCCGCAAUAUAAACCAAAUGUGGGAAAAGGAUGUCAACAAAACGGUGGACCCUUUGCUUCACUUUAUUAAUCCGUAUAAACUGUUCACAAAUCCUGAUGGCACUCAGAAUCUGAAGGUUUAUAUCGGAGAUCGCAUUCACCUGAAUAAAGCCGGGUAUGAGAUAUUGGCUCAAAGUCUGGAACCACUUAUUAAACAAUAUCUAUAAAUGAAAAUUAUUUACAAAUUUUAUUCAAAUAAAUUCAAUUUUAAAGUUU